UACUGAUUUAACAAAUUAUCUUUAAUAGUUACAUGAUGUCGACAGGUAGUUACAUCCCUUUACCGGACGUGUUGAAGAGACGCAGAUGUCUACUCAAUAUACAAAACAAUGACAAUCUAUGUUUUUUAUACUGUAUAGCAGCUAGCUAUCGCAUGCCGGAAAGGAACAGAACUCGCCCUACGUACUACAAACAGUUAUUUAACCGGUUUAAUAUGAAUGGAGUUAACAAACCUGUACGAGUUGAAGACAUCCCUCGAUUCGAGAAACAGAACGGUAGCCACAUGUCUUGAUAAUAAUAAUAAAAACUAUAUCAAUAUUUAUGACUUAUACUUAAAACUAAAUUAAUUAUUUUUAAAGCUAAUAUGUUGUUUCAGAUGUGAGUGUUAAUGUUUUCAAAUACGUCGAGAACGAACCUCCAACGUAUAUCCUACCUAUUCACAAGUCGUCAUAUCGACAUAAGAAGAUUGUGAAUCUGCUGUUGUUAACAGAUGGUGAAAACAGUCAUUAUGUGUUAAUCAAAUCCAUGGCAGCACUCCUAAAAGUCAAAACAGCAUAUGGUAAAUCUGGACAUGCCUGCGACCUAUGCUUUCGUGUUUUCUAUUCACUCAUCACCUAUAUGAAACACAUCGAUUUCUGUAGGACAGGAGAACCGACUGUGGAGAUGCCUGAUGAUCCUGUUCUAAAAUUUAAAAACUUUAAAUAUAGAAUGCCAAAUCCGAUAACAAUAUAUGCUGAUUUCGAGGCAUAUAACUGUAAGGUAAACGAGGAAAUAACUGAGAGCACGAAACUUCUUUGUGAGCAAAAACCAUCUGGUUUUGGUUACACUGUUGUAUCGCCGUACACUCAGUUCUGUAAACCAACAGUUAUCUACAGAGGUAUUGACGCUGCAGAUGUUUUUGUACAUAAAAUUCUCAUGGAAUGUUAUGAAGUAGAAUCAGUGUUAAGUGAGGUUAAACCGAUGGAGUUUACAGAGGAAGACAGUGAGAAUUUUUCUAACUCGGAUAACUGCUCGAUCUGUGAGGGUAGACUUAACUGGGAAACACAAAACAUUUGUAGAGAUCACUGCCAUAUCACAGGGAGGUUUAGAGGUGCAGCACACUCUUACUGUAACAUCAAGAUGCAACAACAGAAAAAGGUUGUUGUGUACUUUCACAAUGCAAAAGGUUAUGACAAUCACUUCUUAAUACAGAGUCUCGCAGCAAAUCCUAAAAUAGGGCAGAUAGACGUGCUAGGACAAACAAGUGAAAAAUACACGCGAAUUUCAACCAGACAUUUUGUUGUGCAUGACUCGAUGUCACAUCUUGUAGGAAGUUUGGAUAGCUUAUGCUCUAGUCUUAGACAGCGUGGUGAUUGUGGAUUUCAACUCAUCCGACAAGAGUUCCCGGAGGAUGAAAAGUAUCAGUGUGUUAUACGUAAACUGGUUUACCCGUAUGAUUACAUUGACAGUUUCGAAAAGUUUGCAGAGUCGAUUCCGUGUAAAGAAGCUUUCUACAAUAAGCUUAGCGAGGAGGAACUUUCUGACGACGAGUACGACCGUUUAUUGCGGACUUGUGAAAUCUUCAAAAUCAAAACACUCGGUCAGCUUCAUGAUCUUUACCUACGAGUUGAUGUAUUGAUAUUGGCAUGUGUUUUCGAGGAUUAUCGACGGUUAGGAUUGGAAAUGUUCGGGUUAGAUCCUUGUUACUAUGUGAGCAGCCCUAGCUAUUCCUUUGAUGCUAUGCUCUGUACGACUAAAGUAGAACUCGAGCUGCUUACAGAUAAAGAGAUGUACAAUUUCUUUGAAAAAGGUAAAUGUUACACAAAUUAAAUUACAAGUCCCUUGAAAGUUUAAAAUGAAAACAUAAGUCGUGAGAUAAAAUCAAACCUUUUCUUGUUUUAGGGGUGAGGGGUGGAUGUAGCUCAGUUUAUAAGCGGUUAGCUACAGCCAACAACAAGGAAGCUGAUUUUAACUAUGAUCCUCGCUGUGAAGAGUCUCGUAUCUUUUAUACGGAUUGUAACAAUCUUUACGGAUUUGCAAUGCUAGCAAAACUACCCCACUCACAGUUUCGAUGGCUGUCCUCUGAAGAAUUAGCUGACUUUGAGGUGGAUGAAUUCGAUGCUCUGGGUGAUUACGGUGUCGUUUUAGAGGUUGAUUUGGAAUACCCUGAUCAUUUACACGAUGCCCAUCGUGAUUUUCCUCUAGCUCCUGAGAAUCUUACAAUAACUCGAGAGAUGUUGAGUGAUGAAAUGAAAGAGUUCCUUCGUGUUAACAAUCUACCGUUCUCUAAACAGGAGAGACUCACUCAAACUCUAUUGUCAAAAGAAGGGUAUAUUACCCACAUUAGAAAUCUUAAGCUGUACAAGAGUUUGGGUCUUACAGUGACAGCCAUCAAAAGAGGUAUAAUUUUUUAUCAAACACCUUGGAUGGCUGAGUAUAUACAGAUGAAUACGAUGCGAAGGAUUAACUCCAGAAGCAAGUUCGAAAAAGAUUUCUUUAAGUUACUGAUAAACUCGAUUUUCGGGAAGACGUGUGAAAAUGUACGUAGAUACAGACACUUUAAGGUUGCUACCAACGUCAAGCAGCUUAAACGGUACACAAGUCGUGAAACUUUCAAGACAGUCACGAUAAUAACACCAAAGUUAGUGGUACUUGAAUCAGAAAAAACAUCAGUACUACUCAAUAAACCUAUAUAUGCAGGCAUGACUAUUCUGGAUCUUUCUAAAGAGCAUAUGUAUCACUUCCAUUUCAACGUGAUGCGACCUCUUUUUCCAGAUCGUAUUGAAGUUUUAUUCAGCGAUACUGAUAGUUUAUGCUAUUUCAUCAAAGAAGGUGAUAUAGCCAAUAAAUUGUUAAGUAUUGCUCGACUUUUAGAUUUCUCGAACUACGACUCAAAUCAUCCUCUUUUCUCACUGAGGAAUAAAUGUGUACCCGGAAAGUUCAAGGAUGAAGUCGCAGGUGGUACUGCUAUACAAUUCUGUGGUCAUAGGGCGAAAAGUUAUUCUCUGAUUACAACUACUGAACGGAAGAUGGCUGCUGCAGGUGUGAAAAUAUCGAUGCAACGCUGUUUGAAACAUGUAGAUUUUGUUGAGGUAAUUGCAUCAGCCUCCUUAAAAACUGUUACUCAAAACACAUUGGUAUCAAGAAAACACCGUAUGUUUAUGCAAGAGAGCACAAGAAUAGCUCUUAGUUAUCUCGACAUAAAAAGGAUAGUAUUACCUAACGGGAUUGACACUGUUCCUUAUGGUUAUAACGGGGUUUAUUUCUCUUGAAAAAGUAUUUUGUUAUAUUAUAACAGUUUUACAUUUUUAUUAUUGUUUCCGAAUUUUUGAUACACUUGUUUUAUUAAUUAAAAUAAGUGAUAAUUUUGGAGGAAGUUUUACAAUAUACCAAUCAAGAUUCAAUGAACAAUUUUGAGUUGUAUUCUCGGUUUAAUUUUUGAUUUUGAAUGUUUUUCGAUGUAAAUUUUUGUUGAAUUUAUUUUUAUCUCUGUUGCAAUCCGUUUUAUCUUCUUUUAUG